CGUUUUAUUAUUGUUGUUUUGACCAAUUGGUAAUCAGUUUUCUGACAUUUCAUGGGAAAAUAAACAAAUAGUUCAGUUAGUUUUCUUCAGUAAAAUUCAUUUCUACCGUAUUGAAAAGCUUAAAAAAUGUCAGGAGAGGAAAACAGUAGGCCAAUGUCCAAUGCCUCUGCAGAAAGUAUCGGGCAAACAAUCACAAGCUCAUCACAAGGCUCGAGCAACGUUGCAGAGUCAAAUGCCAUGCCACGACAAGAACAAGCCAGUAGGCAAAAUAAUCUUCAGAGAAUACAUCUGCGCAAGCAGCAGGUUUUUAAUUUACCUCAAGUUAAAAAGUUACUGAAACUAGCAAGCUACAGCGCUUGUCAGGUUGAAGAGUGCAAGUGCAACGGCUGGAAGAAUACACAGACUCAUCCAAAAUCCAAUCAGAGAAAUGAACCACAGCCCAUAGCCACCUUUACCGAUCCGUGUAGAUGUUGUACUCAUACUUUGGAAAAUCAUGUGUCACACUUGGUCACACAAUCUGAUGAUAUGAUCAACAAACUGCUAGGCAUGGUUGUUGAUGUUGAUAAUAUAUUCAUGGGCAUGCACAGAGAAGAGGAUCUGGACACAAAGAGGGUGUAUUAUUAUCUAUUUAAAUUACUGAGAAAGAGCAUCCUGUCGAUGACCAAACCAACCAUAGAUGGACCCUUGGGACAGCCUCCUUUCGAGAAGCCGAGCAUAUCAAAGGCAAUAACUAAUUUUGUGGCUUAUAAGUUUGGACACUGCUCCCAGCGUGACUGGCAGUCAAUGUACGACUUGGCAAAGAUGUUUCUUCAUUGUUUGAAUCAUUGGAACUUUGAGACUCCUAAUGCUAGAAGAACUGCCGUGACCACUGAUGACGCGCCAGCUUACAAGAUCAAUUAUACAAGGUGGCUAGUUUUCUGCCACGUUCCAGCCUUUUGUGAUUCUCUGCCUCAUUUCGACACUACUAUUGUUUUUGGACGAACAAUGCUCCAAGCUGUUUUCAAAUCAGUUUGUAAACAGUUGAUGGACAAGUGCCACACCGAAAAAGACCGAAUGUCCAUGGAGAAACGCGUUCUUAUUUUAAAUCACUUUCCUAGAUUUCUUCAGAUGCUCGAUCCCGAAAUUUAUGGGGACUCCUCGCCGAUCUGGGACCCAGAGUUCAAACCAGCUCUGCCUCCAUAUUUGCAAGCGUCCGUUGACCUCAAGACCAUUCCUGGACGUAAAACUGGUGAAUUCGAGAAAGUCACGGUUGCCCCCAACGACAAGGACAAUUUCACGACGAUCAAUCUCAGUCCGGGGUUAAAGAAAAUCCAGGGUAAACGAACCACGAGUUUGGAUAUCAGAGGCGACUCGAAGAAGCGCAAAACUGACGAGGCGUUCGAUGACAUAUCCGAGGAGGUAGUGACCAAGAUAAUCGCGACCAUCAAAGAUCCAAAUUUCAUGUUUGGCUUGGAUGCUAUAUUCCCGCCAAAUGCACCGCGCGAUGAGACACCCAAGCUCGAGGAAAGCAGGAAGAUUAUAGAGUUCCACAUCGUAGGUAACAGUCUAACUAAGCCAGUGUCCAAGCAAACUAUGCUUUGGCUCAUAGGGCUGCACAAUGUAUUCAGCCACCAGCUGACGAGGAUGCCGAUGGGGUACAUAUCGCAGUUGGUCUUUGAUCCGAAACACAAAACUCUUGCGCUGAUAAAGGAUGGACGACCAAUUGGCGGUAUUUGCUUCCGCAUGUUCGCGAGUCAAGGUUUCACCGAAAUAGUCUUCUGCGCUAUGACGUCCGAGCAACAGGUCAAGGGCUACGGCACCCACUUGAUGAACAUGCUCAAGGAUUACCACGUUAAGCACAACAUUCUGCACUUCCUCACGUUUGCGGACGAAUAUGCCAUAGGCUACUUCAAAAAGCAGGGCUUCAGCAAGGAAAUCAAGCUACCACGCAUAGCGUACCAGGGCUACAUCAAGGAAUACGAGGGCGCGAUGUUGAUGCACUGCGAGCUUAACGCCAAGAUCGUCUACACGGAGUUCACGACCGUGGUGCGCAAGCAGAAGGAAAUCGUCAAGCAGCUGAUCUACCAGCGCCAACAAGAGAUACAAAAGAUCCAUCCGGGCCUCACGUGUUUCAAGGAGGGUGUGCGUGGCAUCCCAGUCGAGUCGAUACCCGGCAUCCACGAGACGGGAUGGAAGAACUGUGCUCAGACGCGUACGCGAGGAAUCGCCAAGGGCUCCCAGGGCCCCGAGCCCAUAGAAGCGAGCCUUGACAUUCACGAUUCGCUCUACAAUGGCUUGAAGAGCGUACUCGCGAGCGUCAAGAAUCACACGGCAGCCUGGCCCUUCCUCAAACCUGUUGACAAAAACGAGGUGCCUGACUACUACGACCACAUCAAGUAUCCCAUGGAUUUAAAAACAAUGACCGAACGGCUCAAGUUCCGGUACUACGUGACGCGCCGGCUCUUUAUCGCCGACAUGACACGCAUUUUCACCAACUGCCGUUUAUACAAUGGCCCGGACACCGAGUACUAUUCCUGCGCCAACUCUCUCGAGAAGUACUUCCAGACGAAGAUGAAGGAGCUUGGGAUUUGGGACAAAUAGUCGAGAGACCUGUUGCUGUCCACUGCUGAUGGCAAGAUUUCUUUGUCCUCUGUCCCCGACGUCGUUCUCCUUAACAAUGAUGACAAUGACGACGAUGAGAUCGUCGAGUUGUAGGAGUGAGCAGUCGGGAGAGUUUAGUUACAGGUUCAAGGAAUUGACUUUUUAAUUGAGAUGUUUGGUGAGUGUCGAGAUCCGCGUUAAACGGUGAUAGUAAUAGAAUACCGUCCUUGAGAAUGCAAAGUUUGCAACGAUUUUGAUUCGAUUUGAGAGUGCAUGGUUGCGGUAUCUCACGCGGGUCUGUCUUCUCAACUGUGUUGAUUGAUUCGUUUAGAGAUCCUUUAGUUUUAAGAUAAGAACAUGUAUUAUUGCGAAGAAUAUCUCUGUAAAGGAAAAUAUUUUUCAAAGCAGCUUAAAGUACUUGCAUUGUAUAUACAUCGAAAGACUGUUUUUUUUUUUUGUAAUUGUUGAAAUGAAAAGUACCGUGCAUAACUUUAACGUAAUGUGUGACUGUUGGAACUGAUUUGAAAAAAAAAAAAAAAAAAAAAAAUUAAAUUAAACAUAAGAAAACAAACAUAACGGCGUCAGGGGUUGUCAGACUGAAUUAUAAUUAUUAAAAAAAAGUAGUAAUAAAUUAAAUUGAGUUAUAUGAGCUUGUAUUAUCGAUUGUAAACUCAAAAUACGAGAGAAGCGUGUAAAAUUUUGGUGUAAAUAAUGUAGGCUAUAAACGUACUAUCGUAAUGUCAUUGUAAUGUUAAAUUUUUCAAAAACCGGCACUAUUGUGUCUUCUCAUCUUUGCUUGUAAAGUUAGUUGAAUAAACGUAUAAUCUUCCUUCA